UUCCUUUCGAUUCCAUGUGCUCUGCGCUGCGCCAACCAGGACGGAAAGAGUCGGCUUGCCGGUGAGCUGAUCGUGCAGUUCCUCCGAAUCAUUCUUGUUCGAGCGUGAGCGAAACGUGCAAUUUCUUCGUGCCCUUUCUCUGAGCUGAAUCCAAAAUAUGGCCGCAAUGUCUGUUAUUGGCAUCGAUUUUGGUAGUGAAUCUUGCUACGUUGCUGUAGCAAGAGCUGGUGGUAUUGAAACUAUUGCGAACGACUACAGCUUAAGAGCGACACCAUCAUGUGUGGCGUUCAGUGGAAAGAACAGAGUUAUCGGUGUUGCUGCCAAAAAUCAAAUGGUGUCAAAUAUGAAAAACACCAUUCAUGGAUUCAAGAGGCUUUUGGGAAGAAAAUUCAAAGACCCAUUUGUUCAGCAAGAAAUUAAAUCAUUGCCGUUUAAAGUAGAGGAAACAAGCAAUGGCAAUAUAGGAAUUGUAGCUAAUUACCUUGAUGAGAAUCACACAUUCAGUCCUGAGCAAAUAACUGCUAUGUUGUUCACAAAGCUGAAAGAAAUAUCCGAAGGAGCCUUGAAGACCAAAGUGAACGACUGUGUGAUAUCAGUACCAUCAUUCUUCACUAAUGUGGAACGCAAAGCAUUGCUGGAUGCUGCUGCUAUUGCUGGUUUGAAUGUCCUGCGUUUAUUUAAUGAAACUACAGCGACAGCCCUGGCAUAUGGUAUUUACAAGCAGGAUCUACCUAAUCCUGAGGAGAAACCUAGGAAUGUUGUAUUUGUGGACUGUGGUUACAGCUCUCUUCAGGUAUCUGUUUGUGCCUUCAACAAGGGAAAGCUUAAGAUGCUUGCAUGUGCAUCUGACCCUCAGCUUGGUGGACGAGACUUUGAUGUCCUUUUAGCCGAUCACUUUGCUGAAGAAUUCAAGGCAAAAUACAAGAUUGAUGCCAAGUCCAACCCGCGUGCUUAUUUACGCUUACUGGGUGAAGUUGAGAAACUGAAAAAGCAAAUGUCUGCCAACUCAACAAAGCUCCCCAUCAACAUUGAAUGCUUUAUGAAUGACAUUGAUGUUCGUGGAGAAAUGAAGAGAGAAGACAUGGAAGCAUUCAGCGGUCAUCUCUUCCAACGAGUUGAAGCUGUUUUAAAGCAGUGUCUUGCUGAUUGCAAGCUGAAACUGGAUGACAUUUAUGCAGUGGAAAUUGUGGGUGGCUCCUCAAGAGUUCCUGCAAUCAAGCAGCUUCUUGAACAGGUCUUUGGAAAGACGCCAUCCACAACACUGAACCAGGAUGAAGCUGUUUCUCGAGGAUGUGCCCUUCAGUGUGCUAUGCUCUCACCAGCUGUGAGGGUUCGUGAUUUCAGCGUGACUGAUAUCCAAAAUUAUCCCAUUAAGCUAAUCUGGGAUGCUACCAAGGGAGAUGAUGGUGAGAUGGAGCUCUUUAACCAACGAGAUGCUGUCCCGUUCACAAAGAUGUUGUCAUUCUACCGCAAAGAACCCUUCUCAAUGAAAGCAAUUUAUACUGGAAACAUUCCGUACCCUGACAGUUUCAUUGCUCGGUAUGUGGUUCAAGAUGUUAAGCCUACUAGUAAGGGAGAGAGUCAAAAGGUGAAAGUUAAAGUCAGGGUCAAUCUGCACGGUAUGUUCUCUGUAAGUGGAGCCCAACUAACGGAGAAGAGGGAUGCCACUGAACAAGAACAAGCCGAAGCUGAGCAGAAGGAGGCAGAAGCCAAAGAAGCCCAGGCCAAAGACCCUAAUGCUCCACAGGAACCUAUGGACACAACAGAAUCUUCUGAAAAUACAUCCGAGCUCAACCAUAAGGAUGAACCAAUGGAAGAGGAUGGUGACAAGAAAGACAAAAAGAAAACAAAGCAAAUCACUAAAGUUGUUGAGUUGCCUGUUGAAAGUAGCGUGGCUGGUUACACUCAGCAAGAUCUUAACUUACAUAUAGAGGAGGAGUGCAAGAUGAUUGCCAAUGAUAAACAAGAGAAGGAAAGAGCAGAUGCCCGAAACGCCCUGGAAGAGUAUGUUUAUGAGCUCCGAGGCAAACUGGGUGCUGAGGAAGAAUUAGGAAUGUACGUGACUGAGGCAGAUAGAACAGAGUUGUGUCAGAAACUUGAUUCCAUGGAAAAUUGGCUGUAUGAGGAAGGAGAAGACUGCAACAGACAAGUCUAUGUAGAUCAGCUGACUUCCCUGAAGAAAUUGGGUGAACCUAUCAAAGAGAGACGUUUGGAACACGAACUUCGACCAGCUGCUGUUGAGGAGUUAAGAUCUGCUCUCCAGUUGACAAGAAAGGCUUUGGAACAGUGGCGUGCUGGUGAUGAGAAAUACAAUCAUCUUUCUGAGGAGGAAAUGCGGAAGGUUGAAGGCUCCAUAGAAUCUGCGCAGCGGUGGUUAGAUAGCAACUCUUCUGCUCUGAACCCUCCCACCAAAACUCAAGACCCAGCUGUGAAAGUCUCAGCCAUUCGGGAACAAAAACACUCUUUCACGAGUGUGGUGAAUCCCAUCCUCUCCAAGUCUAAACCUAAAGUUGAGCCACCUCCAGCAGCUGACUCCAAGGAUGGUAAGGACAAUGGUUCUUCAGCAGGAACAGGUGACCAUAGCUCAGAAAAAAAUUCCCAGGAAGAAAAGAUGGAUGUUGAAUGAGGACCAUUAAUGUAGUUUUAAUUUAAAUUAAUGCAAUUAUGGAACUGUCUGUGUGUGUGAAUGCAAGUAUGUGAUUAGUGUUUUUUUUUUAAUUCAGUGGUACAGAAAUGCGUGUGAUUGAAUCUUCUGCAGUCAAACUGCUAUGUGAUUGUCUUGAGCAAACUUUCUUGUGUUUCUCUCUGUAAUUUUAUACAAUUCAUUUUGAAGAAACAUUUAGCACUCACUAAUUUGAGAUUUCUUGUAAAUCCCUCAACAAUAAUUGUUUAUUUUGGCUAUUCUACUUAUGUGAAUGCACUGGUAACAGUUGUUAGCUAAAGCGAACAUGAAUGAAUAUUAUAUGUGCUUGUGUUCAGGAUCUAUCUCUCUGAAGCAGUUCAAGUUUCCUUCAAAGACUAUUAGGUUCCUCCAAGCAGUUGGAACCUUUUUCCAUUUGAUCUGCAUUUCUUGUAAAAAUAGUUCCUUUUCAAUCCCUUGCUCCCCCCCCAUUUUUUUUUUUUUUUGCUUCUGUAAAUUGUCUGAAAUUUUGCCAGAUUGGCCUUGUAUUAGAUAUUUGAUUAAAAAGUUGGGUGGGAGAAUUUUACUGUACAGGGUAGAAGUGUGCAUUGAAAGAAAUUAAAUGUAAUUUCUUAAUUCUUGCUAAUAUAACUGAUUAGUCAGAGACAUUGCACCAACUUAAACUUUUCCUGUACAGAAAUCAUGGGCAACAUUUUAUUAGAUCCUCACUCAUCAUUUUCAGUGUUGUUCAAUGGAGUGUCUUAAAUGUAAUGGUCACACUGGAAUUUUGAUUCUGUCAAAUCACUAAGGAGAUGUACUUUCUCAUUUGGUCUUGGCUGGAAGGCAAUUCUGAUCUCUUUAGCUGGACCCUGUCAUAAAAUCACCCCCUCAGUUUCCAUCCUUCUAUUUUUGUUAUUUUUUAUGUAUGUGAUACGCAUGUUUGUAGUAAAUUAUCUUAUCUUAUCAUUGAUGUUGUGCCUUCUUAUGUUCUUGCUAAUCCAGUUUUCAAUCAAUCUGGCAGGAUUGCUUGUAAAAGUGCAUAUUUUAGUAGCAUUAAACAUUAAUGUAUAAGCACCUUGCUUUUCAAAUUUUAUGUCAAUAUUUAUAAAAUAUCUAGUGUGAUGCUAUCAUUUUAAAGAUUAUGCUGAAUCUUCCACUGUUGGCACUGUGUAUGAAGUAGAUAUUUAACCAACUGAUACUGUACUAAAAAAAAUUGAGCCAAAUACAUUUUUUUCUUCAUGAAA